UCUCUCCCUCUCUCUCUCUCUUCAGUCCCUCCUCUCGAAAUUCCCCCAAAAGGAAAAUGAUAAGGCUUUUCAAGAUCAAGGACCAGAAGAAGGAGGAAGCUGCAAAUACGAAUGGACGACCGCCUGGAAAGAAACAAAGCGCAGGCGAAUUACGUCUUCACAAAGAUAUCAGUGAGCUAAACCUGCCGAAAACUACUACUAUAUCUUUUCCCAAUGGGAAAGAUGAUCUGAUGAAUUUUGAGAUCAGCAUCCGUCCCGAUGAAGGAUUUUAUUUAGGUGGUACAUUUACAUUCACCUUCCAAGUCUCUCCUUCGUAUCCCCACGAACCACCUAAAGUCAAGUGCAAGACAAAGGUUUAUCAUCCUAAUAUUGACCUCGAGGGUAAUGUCUGCCUUAACAUCCUCCGUGAGGACUGGAAGCCUGUUCUCAACAUAAACACUGUCAUCUAUGGGUUGAAUCUUCUUUUCACGCAACCCAACGAUGAGGACCCACUAAAUCAUGAAGCAGCUGCUGUUCUACGCGACAACCCGAAGUUGUUUGAAACCAAUGUGAGAAGGGCCAUGGCUGGUGGAUAUGUUGGUCAAACCCACUUCACCAGGUGCUUAUAAAUUGAACGCCCGCACCAGAAGAUCUCAACUGAGUGCUGUAAAUUCUAUCUGGUGAUCUCGGAGUAACUUGGCAAUUCUUGAUGCAUGUGUUUUACGGUUCUUUCAAUUUUGCAUCAUUGCUACGUGUGAAACUUAUAUCUGUUUGCUGAAUACCUUUUGAGUUUAUGUUUCCAGUUCCAUGGUAAAGUGUGAAUGAUGUUUGGCUCCUUAAAUGGAAAAUAUGUACCGCUACUAUGAUAAUAUACCAUGAACUAUUCUCUAUGGUCUCUA